AUGAGCUCGCUCGAGCGCUCUGGGACGAGCUCGCUCGAGCGCGCUCGGACGAGCUCGCUCGAGAGCGCUCGGACGCGCUCGCUCGAGAGCGCUCGGACGAGCUCGCUCGAGAGCGCUCGGAGGAGCUCGCUCGAGCGCGCUGGGACGAGCUCGCUCGAGCGCGCUGGGACGAGCUCGCUCGAGCGCGCUGGGACGAGCUCGCUCGAGCGCUGGGACGAGCUCGCUCGAGUGCUCUGGGACGAGCUCGCUCAAGCGCUUGGACGAGAUCGCUCGAGCGCGCUCGGACGAGCUCGCUCGAGAGCGCUCGAACGCGUUGGGACUAGCUCGCUCGAGCGCGCUGGGACGAGCUCGCUCGAGCGCGCUGGGACGAGCUCGCUCGAGCGCGCUGGGACGAGCUCGCUCGAGCGCGCUGGGACGAGCUCGAUCGAGCUCGCUCGGGUGAGCUCGCUCGAGUACGCUUUGACGAGCUCGCUCGAGCGCGCUGGAACGAGCUCGCUCGAGCGCGCUGGGACGAGCUCACUCGAGCGCGCUGGGAUGAGCUCGCUCGAGCGCUCUGGGACGAGCUCGCUCGAGCGCGCUCGGACGAGCUCGCUCGAGAGCGCUCGGACGCGCUCGCUCGAGAGCGCUCGGACGAGCUCGCUCGAGAGCGCUCGGAGGAGCUCGCUCGAGCGCGCUGGGACGAGCUCGCUCGAGUGCUCUAGGAUGAGCUCGCUCGAGCGCGCUCGGACGAGCUCGCUUGAGCACGCUCGGGCGAGCUUGCUCGAGCGCGCUGGGGCGAGCUCGCUCGAGCGCGCUUUGACGAGCUUGCUCGAGCGCGCUGAGACGAGCUCGCUCGAGCGCGUUGGGACAAGCUCGCUCGAGCGCGCUGGGACGAUCUCGCUCGAGUGCUCUGGGACGAGCUCGCUCGAGCGCUUGGACGAGCUCGCUCGAGCGCGCUCGGACGAGCUCGCUCGAGAGCGCUCGGACGAGCUCUCUCGAACGCGCUGGGACAAGCUCGCUCGAGCGCGCUGGGACUAG